CCCCGGUCCGGGGUAAGUAGGGUCUGAGGCGGCAGCACCUGCUCGUGGUGGGUGACCGUGGGUGAGGUGGCCUCGCGGCCGUGCAGAACCGUAAGGCUCCCUUGGAGACUUGAAGCAUGGCGGUGAAUGCCAGUGUUGCAGUCUUUGGCUCUGCGGCUUUGGCGGUGGAGUAUGUGGAUUCACUGUUGCCCGGGAAUCCUCUGCAAGCCCCCUUUAAAAAUGCGUGGAAUUACAUGCUGGAUAACUACACCAAGUUCCAGAUUGCCACGUGGGGGUCCCUGAUAGUUCAUGAAGCCCUUUAUUUUUUGUUCUCUUUGCCUGGAUUUUUAUUUCAAUUUUUACCUUUUAUGAAAAAAUAUAAAAUUCAAAAGGAUAAACCAGAAACAUUCAAAGGCCAAUGGAAAUGCUUUAAAGUACUUGUCUUUAACCACUUCUGUAUCCAGCUGCCCCUGAUUUGUGGAACCUAUUAUUUUACAGAAUAUUUCAACAUUCCUUAUGGUUGGCAAGAAAUGCCAAGAUGGUAUAUGAUCUUGGCAAGGUGCUUUGGCUGUGCAGUCAUUGAAGAUACUUGGCAUUACUUCCUACACAGGCUCCUACAUCACAAAAAGAUAUACAAAUACAUUCAUAAGGUUCAUCAUGAAUUUCAGGCUCCCUUUGGCAUGGAAGCUGAGUACGCACACCCUCUGGAAACGCUGAUUCUGGGAACUGGCUUCUUCAUUGGGAUUGUGCUGCUGUGCGAUCAUGUGAUUCUCCUGUGGGCAUGGGUAACCGUUCGCUUGAUAGAAACCAUUGAUGUGCACAGUGGCUAUGAUAUUCCUCUCAACCCACUCCACCUCAUCCCGUUCUACACGGGCUCCCGGCACCACGAUUUCCACCAUAUGAACUUCAUCGGAAAUUACGCAUCCACGUUUACCUGGUGGGAUUCCAUCUUCGGAACUGACGCUCAGUAUAACGCCUAUAAUGAAAAGAUGAAGUCUAGGAAGAAGAUGGAAUAACUCUUUUCUCAGGCCUUUCCAAAGACACACAUUCCCCUGAAUUGAAGCUAGUAGCUAACAUUGCUUCUGGAGAGCAGAAAUCACCAUGUGUCUUGGCUGCUAAGUGAUAGGGAACAUUAACCACCUUCAAUUGUCUUCCUGGGACCUUUCCUACUUCUACGAGGUCUGUAUGUGUAGGAGUCCAUUUAAGUACGGUUUUCGUGAGGGAGUCUUGAAGGCCGUGCUUCUAACCUUACAAAAGGUUUGAAGCAACAGAAAAAGUAUUUAUCUGUCUUUUCCCCAGUACUGCCAGAGGCCUGAGAUUGGCAUUAGUCCUUAAAUCUUCUAGAUAUGUAUGCACUGGUCAUUUUGGAAAACUGGCAGUAAUUACAUUGGCCUUUUAUUUGGCCUUAAAGAUUUUUACAAUUUGCCUAAAACAAAAAUAUCAUGAAUUAAACCCCAUCAGCCAAUUCAGUGGGUGAUUGGAGCUAUGAGGUCAGGAAUCAUCAAUGCCAAAACCUUCCACUCGUGUCUGGAGCUGACCCAAUGAAAGUUGGGAUGACCUCUCUGGAGAGUCAUUUUCAGGUCCACCACUGGCAUCUACAAAUUCAAGAUUUCUGACUUAAUAAAAAUGGAGUAUUUUAGUCUAAAAGUUUUUCAGACUUUUGAUUUUUUUUUUUUUUUUUUUGUAAUUAAGGCGCUUUCUGCUAUUUACCCUUUCAUUUUUGUAUAUCAGGUUUUCAGUAAAACUUAGAGCUAGAACUUGAACAUUUGUGAACUGGUGUCCUGUAUUUGCACUUUGAGCUCUUGAAAUAAAUGUGAUUUUUGUCUAUCUGA